AUGGCAGGAGCUGCGGGACCCAUGGCAGGAGCUGCGGUGUGGGGCACGGCACCCCCCGGGCACGCCUCCAGGUCCCAGCCUCGAGGUGCUGUAUGGCUCUGCCUCUUGCUCCUGCUGCCCACCUGUGUCUCUGCCACCACCACCAGCCCUGGCAUCAAGGUCUGGCUGACCCAGAGGACGCUGGAGUUUGGCCGGCGCUUUGGGCUGGAGCUGCUCCAGUCGAUGCUGCAGAAGGAGCACGAGCUGAACCUGACGGGCUCCUACAACACCCUCCUGGGAACUCUCACCUACGCUGUGCCACGGAUUCGCAUCCAGGAGCUGCAGAUGAACGAAUCCACGCUGGACUUUGCCGAGGACGUGGGGCUGAGGCUGACGGUGCAGCGCGCCCGGGUGCAGCUCAGCGCCGACUGGGCAGCGCAGCUGGGAGCCGUCCAGGACAGCGGCUCUGUGGAGCUGGGCAUGCAGGAUGUGGCCGUGGCCGCGGUGCUGGGUGUGAGCGAGGACGGCAGCGGCCACCCCACGGUUUGGAGCGCCGGCUGUGACACCCACGGCACCGACCUGCACAUGGAGUUCCACCGUGGAUACAGCUGGCUCUACAACCUGCUGGCACCUCUGCUCCAGAGAACGCUGCGGCAGCAGCUGAACAAGCAGCUCUGCCUCGUGCUCCAGAGAGGCAUUGACAGGCUGGACACUGCCCUGAAGCGCAUGAAAGUGUCCACCCAGCUGGACACCAUCGCUGCCAUCGACCACUCCCUCCUGGCACCGCCAGCCUUCACAGAGGAGUAUGGGGACAUUGCCCUCAAGGGAGAGAUCUUCAGGGUGGGCACGCACCACCAGAGACCCUCAGCACUGCCUGUGGCGCUGCCUGUGGCACUGCCCAUGGCCCUGCCUGUGGCUUUGCCCACGGCCCUGCCCACCACACCGCCCAUGGCACACGAGCCCAUGCUGCUGCUGGCUGUCACCGAGUUCGUCGCCAACUCGGCCGCCUUCACCUACUUCACAGCCGGGGCCCUGCGCAGGAUCAUCUCCAGUGACAUGGUCCCCCGGCGGUUCCCACUCCAGCUGAGCACCAAGAGCAUGGGGAUCUUCUCCCCUCAGCUGCAGGAGCUCUAUCCUGACCAGCCCAUGGAGCUGCACCUCUGGGCCCGCCAGCAGCCCCUGCUCUCCUGCCAUGCUGAUGCCCUGCACGGGACCCUGCUCGGCUCUGCCGAGGCCUUCGUGGUGCUGCCCAACGCCACCCGUGCCCCUGCCUUCCUGCUGAACAUCGAUGCCAACGUGACGGGGAAGCCGACAAUCGCCAGGAACAGACUCGGGGGCACCGUGAGACUGACAGGGCUCCACAUAACACAAGUGGCAUCAAACGUGGGCCCAGUGGAGGUGAAGCGUCUGGAGACCCUGCUGAAGUUCAGUCUGUGGCUUUUUGGGGUUCCCCGGGCAAACAAGUGGCUCCAGGCUGGCAUCGCCCUGCCCCUCCCGCAUGGCCUCAGCCUGCUCAGACCCCGGCUCUCGCUGCACCAGGGCUUCGUGCUCAUCGCCACGGACCUGCAGUACGAGCCGUGA